AUGGCCUCACCCCCUCCCACCGACGACGGUUUCACCCAUCAAAUUGCUAUCAAGGUCUCCAGGGCACUGAACACCGUGAACCCAAACGAUCUUCUGGCACGUCGCGUCCAAGAUAUCGCGAAAACUACCUCUCUAGAUGGCUUCAUUCUAGCGGCCAAGUCCUUUGGGAAGUUCAAAGACACUUUCCUCGCGGAAUUGCACUCCGAGAUCUCUACGCACGCACAACAGGAGGCGACGGGCCACGUCCCACAACCUGUCCAGGGCAUCGUGGUGCACGACAGUGAGGUGCUUGAACCGGAACCCGUUCGCGCGGGUGGGCUCGUGCGUAACGAUGCGAGACAUACAUUCCGACAACCUGCGAAACUCGAGCCACCCACCCCACGCACGUCUGUGCUGGGUCUCGACCGACUUGCUCAGGAAAAGCGUGCAGCUGCCGCGGAAGCAGCGGGAGUGAACGGAGAGGGCAGCAGGAAGAAACCGAGGCUGGACAAUGGGUUUGAGCCCGUAUUCAAAGUGCCGGCGUUGCCUGUGUCUCGGAUGGCGAACAUACGACAGCGUGGAGAGGAGACGCCUUCACACCCGGGUGGCUUAUCCGAGAUAGCUCGGAGACGAUUAGAGGACCGGAGGCGUACCCGAGAACGGGAAGGAAUUACUGCGCAGAACGAGCGCAGAGACGAUGCUCCACGUGGUCUAGGUGACUUCCAGCGUCGUUUAAAUCGCGACCGCCAGUUCGACCAUCGGCGUGAUCGCGAUAGGCGGGGAUGGGAUGCUACGCCACGCUCCGAACGAAGCGGACGGGACGAGGCACCCAGCGUACGCGUGCCUAAUCUGUCCUGGGACGCCACGCCGCGCCGUGCAUCUUCUCCCUCAGCGUCUUCGUCGAGAGUGCGAGACCGGCGGUGGGACGCGCUGACGCCUCGCCGCGCAUCACCUGGGUCGGAUGAGGGCCAGGGAGCGUUGGGCCUGGACGCACAUGAGUGGGAAGAGGAACAAAUCCGGCUAGACAGAGAUUGGUACAUGGGUGCAGAGGAAGGUGGUGGUCUGGGUGACGAUGAGUUCAAUCCGUUGUCCCAGUAUGAGGACUUGGGAGCGAUACGGCAGGCGGAAGUGGUCAACAAACAGAUCAAGAAGAUAUCUGCGAAGCAGGCGCAAUACAAUGCCGACAACGACCUCUGGGAAGCAAACCGGAUGUUGACCUCGGGUGUAGCUACUCGCAGAACCAUCGACCUCGACUUCGAAGACGAGUCUGAGUCGAGUGUGCACGUCAUCGUGCAUGACCUGAAGCCGCCAUUCCUCGAUGGGCGUACUGUAUUCACGCGUCAGCUCGAGCCGAUCAAUCCCGUACGUGAUCCGACAAGUGAUAUGGCACAGUUUUCUCGCAAGGGCAGUGCACUCGUGAAGGAGAAGCGCGAGCAGGCAGAACGAGCAAAGGCUGCCGCAAAAAUGGCCGCUCUUGGUGGCACUUCGCUCGGAAACAUCAUGGGCGUGCAGGAUGAAGAGGCUCAGGCUGAGGCCGAGGCCGAGCAGAAGGCGAAGAGCGGCGAGAAGGAAGACUACAAGGGCGAGUCGAAGUUUGCGACGCACUUGAAAGCGGCGGCAGGCCAGAGUGUUUUUGCGCGGACACGAACGUUGAAGGAGCAGCGCGAGUACUUGCCUGCAUUUGCGUGUCGCGAGGAGCUCAUGAGGGUCAUCCGUGACAAUCAAGUCAUCGUCGUCGUUGGCGAAACUGGCUCCGGAAAGACAACACAGCUCACUCAGUUUUUGUACGAGGAUGGGUAUUGCACUUAUGGCCUUGUCGGUUGCACGCAACCAAGACGUGUCGCAGCGAUGUCCGUCGCGAAGCGUGUCAGCGAGGAGAUGGAGUGCAAGCUAGGCUCGACUGUUGGUUAUGCUAUCCGAUUUGAGGACUGCACAUCACCUGAGACCAAAAUCAAGUACAUGACUGACGGUGUACUCCUCCGUGAAUCGCUUAAUGAAGGAGAUCUGGACCGUUACAGUUGCAUAAUCCUGGAUGAGGCUCAUGAACGUUCGUUGAGUACCGACGUGCUGAUGGGUCUUUUGCGAAAGAUCCUGUCUCGUCGGAGAGAUCUGAAGUUGAUCGUGACGUCAGCCACAAUGAAUGCUGAGAAGUUCUCGUCAUUCUAUGGCAAUGCUCCAACCUUCACAAUUCCCGGACGUACUUUCCCGGUUGAAGUUUUCCACUCCAAGUCGCCUUGCGAAGACUAUGUCGACAGCGCCGUGAAACAAGUACUGCAAAUACAUCUCUCGUUGCCACCCGGAGAUAUUCUCGUUUUCAUGACUGGCCAAGAGGACAUUGAGGUGACGUGCCAAGUCGUACAGGAACGGCUUGCUCAAUUGGAUGAACCUGCGCCGCUCUCCGUUCUCCCGAUCUAUUCGCAGAUGCCAGCCGAUUUGCAGGCGAAGAUCUUCGAGCCGACCAGUGAUGGGCGGCGCAAGGUCAUCGUGGCCACGAAUAUCGCUGAGACAUCUCUGACGGUUGAUGGCAUUUUGUAUGUUGUGGACGCUGGCUACUCAAAGCUGAAGGUCUAUAACCCCAAAGUCGGUAUGGAUGCGUUGCAGAUCACACCGAUCAGUCAAGCCAAUGCCAACCAGCGGACCGGACGAGCUGGACGUACUGGUAGCGGUUUUUGCUAUCGGUUGUAUACGGAGAUGGCAUAUCGCAACGAAAUGUUCGCAAAUACCAUCCCCGAGAUACAACGAACCAAUCUGGCGAAUACCGUCCUUCUCCUCAAAUCUCUUGGGGUGAAGAACCUGCUGGAGUUCGACUUUAUGGAUCCUCCACCACAGGCAAACAUGUUGAAUUCGAUGUAUCAGCUGUGGGUGCUUGGCGCCUUGGACAACGUUGGUGACCUGACCCCCAGCGGCCGCAAGAUGUCUGAGUUCCCUAUGGAGCCGUCCAUGGCGAAGAUGCUGAUCGUCUCGGUGGAAUACAAGUGUUCUGCAGAGAUGUUGACGAUCGUGUCGAUGUUGUCGGUGCCAAGCGUGUUCUACCGUCCGAAGGAGCGGAUGGAAGAGUCGGAUGCUGCACGGGAGAAGUUCAACGUACCUGAAAGUGACCAUUUGACUCUGUUGAAUGUCUUUACACAGUGGAAGAGCCAUGGUUUCCGGGACGACUGGUGCAUGCGCCACUUCUUACAUCCAAAGCUUCUACGGAAAGCCCGUGAAGUGCGCGCCCAGUUGGAAGACAUCAUGAAAUUCCAGAAGAUGGAGCUCAUCUCCGCCGGUACCGAUUUCGAUGUUAUCAGAAAAGCAAUUACGGCAGGCUACUUCCACCAGGCUGCCCGGGUGAAGGGUAUCGGCGAGUUCGUCAACAUCCGGACGGGUCUACCCACCCACUUACAUCCUACGAGCGCGUUGUAUGGCUUGGGCUACACACCGACAUACGUUGUAUACCACGAGCUCAUCCUGACGUCAAAGGAGUACAUGACUCAAGUCACAGCCGUGGAUGCAUAUUGGCUGGCGGAUCUUGGAUCCGUAUUCUACUCCGUCAAGGAGAAGAAUUUCGAUGACCGCGGUAACCGGCGUGUGGCAGAUCGUGAGUUCUCCAAAAGGGCAGAGCUGGAGAGCGAGAUGGCAAAACAGCGAGCUGAGAGCGCAAGGAAAGCGCAAGAAGAAGCUCUGGCAGUGAAGAUUGCCAGCGGGUCAAAUUCGAAGAUCAUCGUACCGGGUACACCGCGGCACACUGGCAUCGGGGCUGGUGCUCGUGUGACGCAGACUCCGCGCCGUAGAGUUGGCAUCUGA